ACUCGACGAUUUGGUGCAGGGUACAUUCAAGAAGCCAAAACGGCGUCGGGUUCCCAAAUGUUCAACAACAGCUAUUUAUUUAAAUUUUAUUUAACACUUUUUAAAUCACUUAACAAUACAGUAGUAAAAAUAAAGAAUAAUACUUUAAAUUAAAUAGACAUAGGUAAAUACAUAUAAAGGCAAAUCAUGGGGUAAAUAUAAAAUUAAACAAAAUAAAGUAACAGCUAUUCUUAUUGAAGGUAACGGACACAGUAACUAGUGAAUUGUCUUGAAUGCAGCUCACAUUAUACGAAGGAGUUGCCCUCUCCCAACAGCAUCAAAUUUAUGAUCACCUCAGACAAGAAAGAUUAUAAAGAUAGAUGUGAAAGCUGCUCCGCGUACCAUUAAUUUAAUGCAAAAUGCAACCGUUCUGAACAAUUAAUAAUAACUUUACAAUGCGAGAAUUGCUCUGAGUUGUAAUUAUCAACGGAUGGACCUGGUGCCUGUCGGCUGAGACAUCAUUUACUGUACAAUCCGCGGUGAGACAGACGAGGCGGGACCGCCGACAGGAUGGUGGAGCGGUCGGACCGAGCCCCUCUGCUGGACUGGGAGGAGGUUCCGUCCGCGGAGAAGCCUAGCGGAGCAGCACCGGCGGCAGCACACGCAAAGGACCGACUGGCGAGCCCCUCCAACAGCCGUACCUCACCAGGAUGCUCCGCGCCUGGGUUUGGGUGGAGCAGCGGACCAGGGGGUCCCACUCCCAGCAGGUCUGUCUCCAACGCAGACGGCUGCAGCGCCCCACCCGCGACCUCCAGCAACCUGGCGGACAGGGAUGAAGCCCUGCAUCCCGACAACGAGGAGCAUCUCUCGGAUUCAGAACCGACAGAGGUGUCGCUGGAGGACAGGAUGGUGAAAUGGGAGGAGAAGGACCAGAUCGUGUCAGUCUUUGUGGUUACAUUCAACACCAGAUCAGGGAACAUGCUGGAGUGGUGUCUGCCCAAAGACAUGGACCUGGAGGGAGUGGAGUUCAAAGCCAUCGCCAGCGGCUCCCACAGGGUCACCACAGACUUCAUCUACUUCCGGAAGGGCUGCUACUUUGGCCUCGCCUGCUUUGCCAACAUGGCGGUGGAGAGCGCGGUGGAGAGGGGGGCGAGGAUGAAGUCGGUGGGAAUCCUGUCUCCGUCCUAUACGCUGCUCUACCGCUACAUGAGCUUCCUGGAGCACCAGGUCAGGCUCCAGCUGCAGACCCCGGGACACUACUCUCCCCUGGAAGCCUUCUAUGAGGACAAGAGAGCACUUCUGCCCCCCAGUGGUGACGGUGUUGUUACUGCAUGUCCAGCUAAUGCCUGGGGAGCUGCAAUCAACCACAGCAUGCACCCUGAGAUGAAGAUCACCCACCCUGCAGGCUGCAUGUCCCAGUUCAUCCGCUUCUUCGGGGAGCAGAUCAUGGUGCUGUGGAAGCUGGCUCUCCUUCGCAGACGCAUCCUCAUCUUCUCCCCUCCACCUGUGGGCGUGGUCUGCUACAGAGUGUACUGCUGCUGUUGCCUGGCAAACAUCUCCAUCCCUGGGAUCGGCGUGACUGUGCCGGAGUUCCGCCCCUUCUUCUAUGUUAACGUAGCGGAUAUCAGCGCUCUGGAGAACGAGCUCUCCUACGUGGCCUGUACUACUGAGAAGAUCUUUGAGGAGAAGAAGGAUCUGUAUGAUGUGUAUGUAGACAAUCAGAAUGUAAAGACCUACAGGGACGGCCUGAAGCCUCUGCUCCGCCUCAGCACCGCAGACAGGGAGAAAUAUCGCAAACUGACUGAACAGAGGCAGAUGUUGCUGUACUCCCAGGAGGAGAAUGGAGACUGUGUGUCCAGCGAAGAGGAUCUUUUUAUUCUGUUUUUCCUGGAGCAGAACAACAGGAUAUUCCAGACCCUCAGCGAGGUGGCCGGGAGCCCCGACCCCACGCUGACCCAGGAGAGUGUGAGGGCCAUGGGUCUGGAUCCCCAUGGAGACAGGCUCUUCCUGCUCCACCUGCUGGAGAUCUAUGGUUACGACACCCUGCUGGUGUCGGAGCAGCUGUGCUGCAGUUGAGAGAUCAUGGACAGCUGGCUCUCCGCCUUUCAUCCCUGCUGGUUUUAAAGUGGGUGUCUAUUAGCACCGAGCACACGUGGAGUGCUGCACUACGGGCUUCUUGGAGUCUUCAGGACUGUUUCUGUAGGAAACCUUUUGUUGUAUAUCUCCCCGUGCUUCUUUUGUUCAACGUAAUUCUGCUCCCUCACAACCUGAUGGCACGAGUCAACUCUCAUGUACUACAACCAAGAGUAAUGUGGUCAGUUCUACUUGAUACAGCUUCAUAAAGACGGACGACUCACCCGACUGAAAGUGAUUCUCUGGAUCAUUACAGCUGCAGGACUGAGCCAUGUUUGAAUGCCAUGGAUGGCAGCUGCAAACCCAACAUAAGAUCAAAUAAAUACUAACGUGGCCUGAACUGUACUCGGACAUAAAUUUGAAUGAGAACACAAGAGACUUCCUCCAAGAUGAAGCCAGUGAUUUGGAGAUUAUCUGUGAACAAAACUGCGUAUUGAUGUAUGAAAGUGAAGAGGAGAGGUAGCCGUCCUGUAAAUAAUCCUGUUCCCUCCCCCCUUUAGGUAUCGUGUGUCAGCGUAUGUGGGACAUGGGGUCCACCUCUCUGCCAGUGUUGCUUUCCUUGUAUCAAGUGCUGGAUUCAAAAAUCUCAUUUUUUAAGCCUCCAUGUCGACAUCAGGACCUCCAUGUUUGAAGAGCCAUGUCUGUGAGCACUGCUGUUUAACUUAAUGCGUCAAAAUGACCAGCUUGCCAUUUAAUGUUAAGACUAAUUAUCUUUGGCCUGAGUUUAGAACAAAUCAGAUGUUCUAAUGAUGUCCAGCAGGUGAUUUAAAAAGGCAGUUCAGAAGAGUGCACAGUUACACAAAGGUUAGUCCUUAAUGCUUUUCUCUAAUGUCCGGUUGUGUUUUUUCAGCUCCAGCAUCAGGACACAGACCUUCAUGUGGCGAGUCCACAACUUUAGAUGAUUCUCUCCAUUCAGAGACUCUGAGAUGAUUCAUUUAACAACUACCGCCUGCAGAAUAGAUCACAGAGAAUGUGAAAUACUAGAACUUUUAGGCUCCGUAUGUUUGGAAGCACACUAUAGCAGCUUAUGCUUUUGGCUCCGUCAACAGAGAGGUCGCACUUGUUGGAAGCUCAUGUUGUGAAAGAAACAAGGUGCUUGAGAGUCUUAACGCUGCAGUAAUCAAGUUUCUAAGUAACGCACAGCUAGUACAUCGUUUCUGUUUAACACAAAGGGACACAAGCUUUUACCAACUAUUGGACUUUCUUUUCUUGCUACCUGCUAAGUUUGUACGUCUCCUGUUAAGCUGGAAACAUGGCUGAUGUAGUGAGGUUGAGUCAUACAGUAACUGUUUAAAUAAUAAAUAAAACCAUAACUAGCUAAGGCUUAAAGCUCCUGAGAGUUCAAAGAUUAGUGAUAAUCCUCAGCAGGGUUGUCAACGACCUCUUUCACAUUCCAUGAGUCUGUUAGUAUAUUAAUAAAUCCUGAUUAAUGCAGCUUUAAGCAGGUCAAUGAGAUAUUUAGGAUUUCUGCAUAACUCUAUAGAUCAGGUUUAGUUUAGUUUUAAUUUGGAACAGCAACGUUCCACAAAUGUCCUCCAGAGGAACUCGUUACAUCUGCAACUUGCAACUUGAAAACACAUGCGCUGAAAUAGACAAGUCUAAUGAAAUGACAUGAAGUCAAAUCAUAAAGUUAAUGUGCUUCUGGAAUAAACAUAUACACACACACACACACACAACAAACUAAUAGUUAAUGUUUUACUGUGAUCAUGGAUCAUCAUCUCUUUUUAAAUGUUUUUUUUUUUUUUUACAGUUUCUUUAGCUGUUAAUCGUUUGGAGUGUAAAUAUUCAAUUGCUGUAACAUUAUCUGUGAAGCAAUGGGAUCAGCUGAAUGUGUUUUAUAAAGGCAAGUGUGAUCCCACAGAGCCUUUACGUGUUUAACUGUCUGCUGUAGGAAAACAACCUCAACAUAUCUUCACGUCGCAUGGCACCUUCGACCGCGUGUACAGAGCUGGAGCGGCCAUUGUUUGUAGUUGAAGGAUAGUCAGAGUCAUAUUAAAACACCUUCACUUUAUUUAUUUUACUGUAAACCGUUUCAGAAAUAAAGUGCAUCACCACUUGUGAGGAAAACACAGUU